AUGGCAAAACAACAGUCGUCAACCCAAUCUUACAAAGCGAGAGAGCGCGAGGAACACAUCCCUGAGAGUGAACAGUGGGGAAUUAUUCAAAAUUCUGGUUUGCUCGACAGCUAUGAUGGCCCAAGAGCUCGGGUCCUCAAAAGAAACACGUCCUCGGGGAGGUUUCAGGAAGUAGACCCCUACGACAUCGAAACGGACAAUGAAGAAGAAGAAGACAGUGAAGAGGAGAGGGAGGAGGGAGGCCCUCAGGAGCCUCCGACCGACUUGCCCGAUAAAAUAUUCGAUGCUGUACUUCUCGUUAUCCCGUUAACAUUUCUCUGGCUCAUGAUGGAUAUCCUCGUCCAACAACAGUAUAAUAUAGAACCUACAAUCAUGGAUGAAGUGCGUCGUGUAGGACGUGCCGUUCCUGCAAUCAUAAUCAUGGUUGGCUUCACUGCACAUCGCAAGGCGGAGAGGUGGCUGCAAGCACUUAUGUUCUGGGCGUCCAUCGCAGUGGGGAUGCGAUUGGUUUACGUUGUCAACAAAAGCCCACGGCUGACCGUCAUUCGUCAAGGACCACCGUUGACGGUAUUAUGGGUGUAUAUGAUCAUUCAGUUACACCUUCCAUCUGCUAUCAUAAGUUUGAUGCUUGUCGCGGCAGGAAUCAAAUACCUUGGUCUCAAAAUCCGUCUCUGA